GCCGGCUUCUGAGGAGAACGCCGCCGGGUAGCGCACACCCGGAGGCAGGCGAUAAGCGUGGAGUGGUCUGAAUUUGAACGCUGAGUCUCGAAGGGAAUUGGGGGCCCGCAGUCUGGUUCUUUCCCCACUGCCUUCGGAGGGCAGCUGUGAGUUCAGGGAGCGCCUGAGAGAAGAAAGCAAGGCUUCUCUGAGAGCCUGAGGAGGGACAGCAGAGUUGGGGACAGCUUUGAAUCACCAGCGUAGCUUGGAGGCAGGUCCGCAGGUGCGUCCCCUGCUCCUCGGCUCUGAACUGACGCAUCCACACCAACCGGCAGCGCGUUAAGAUGGCAGGCAGUGCCACUGCUCCUAAUCCCUUGCAGACACUUCAGGAGGAAGCCGUGUGUGCCAUCUGCCUGGACUACUUCAAGGAUCCUGUGUCCAUCGGCUGUGGUCAUAACUUUUGCCGAGGGUGUGUGACCCAGCUGUGGGGCAAGGAAGAUAAUGAGCAAGACAGGGAGGAAGAGGAAGAUGAAUGGGAGGAGGACGACGACGACGACGACGAGGCAGUAGGGGCCAUCGGUGGAUGGGGCAACUCCAUUCGGGAGGUUUUAUACCAGGGGGAUGCUGACGAGGAGUUGUUCCAGGACCAAGAGGAUGAUGAACCCUGGGUCGGUGACGGUGGCAUAAGGGACAGAAUGGAUUAUGUGUGGGACCAAGAAGAAGAGGAGGAAGAUACGGACUACUACCUGGGAGGCUUGAGACAUGACCUGAGAAUUAACGUCUACCUGCAAGAGGAGGAGAUUUUGGAAGAAUACGAUGAGGAGGACGAAGAGCUGUACCCUGACACUCACCUGGCCCCGCCUCCAGCCCCUCCACGGCAGUUCACCUGCCCCCAAUGCCGAAAGAGCUUUAAGCGUCGCAGCUUUCGUCCCAACUUGCAGCUGGCGAACAUGGUCCAGAUAAUUCGCCAAAUGUGUCCCACUCCUAAUCGAGAGAGCCGGGUGAAUGAUCAGGGCAUCUGCUCCAAACACCAGGAAGCUCUGAAACUCUACUGUGAGGUGGACAAAGAGGCCAUCUGUGUGAUAUGUCGAGAAUCCAGGAGCCACAAACAGCAUAGUGUGGUGCCAUUAGAUGAAGUGGUACAUGAGUACAAGGUUCAGCUGUUGACUGCUGUAUCACAAGUCAGACUGUUUAAACUUGCUCCUCUCUACUGUGGCUGUACCCUGGACCUUUUCUUCACACAGACUUGCUACACACCUGAAAUCCUGAACUCCAAUUGUACCAUGAACUUAGCUCUUCGCAUUCUAGUACAGUUAAACACACUCCAGUUAUACAUGCCCUUCAUCUUUAUGGAGGCCACUGUUCCACUGACUCCUAAUUUUUUCCUUUCCCCAUUUAUCAGACAUUUGCUAGCCUUACUUACUGUCCUUCUGAUCCUGUACCUCAAGAUCAGUCUUGGCACGAAGAACUGAUCCAUGUUGUGUUCUAGAACAGGGAUUCUCAACCUCAGCACUCCUGUCAUUUUGAAUGAGAUAAUUCUUUGCUUUGGGGGGUGGGAUAUAGUCUAUGCAUUUGAGGAUGCUUAGCAGCAUCUGUGGAUCCCACCUACUAGAUGUAUGUAGCACUCCUCCACCAGUUGUGACAACCAUAAAUGUCUCAGAUGUUGCCAGAUGUCUUGGAGGGAGUGGUGCAAAAGUAUCCCUGGUUAAGAACCACUGCUUUAGUCUUGGAAAAGUUAGUCCUAUCUGCAGACCUGCCAUUACUAGCCUCACUUAGGCCAUAUAGUCAGUACCUGGCAAGGAGGUUUAAAAGUGUUCGGGGAAGAAUAGCCUCACCCAGCUGGAAUUUUAUUAAAUGCAGUCAUAGCAUCAAUGGAUUAACUAAGACCCCUACUUCUCCCAGUUCUUGGCAUACAGGUAACAGGGUCAACAGGCCUUUUUUAAAACUGAGAUGCCUAUAUCACUGCCAUCAAGGACUAACAUAAAGCAGUAUAUGAAAUAAGAUCUACAAACAAUGAAUAAUAAAAGGCAAUCACUUCAGCUGUUCCUUAGUUUCAGCAGAGCCAUUCGGCAGUAUUUAAGUAUUCAGAACUAAUACCAGAGCCUCUGUUCCUGUCAGAGUGGGAGUAGCCCUGGACUGAUCCAUCAGCCCUUAAAGCACUUCUUUAAAACCUAAGGUUCCUCUGCCAUUGGCCAUCAACCUCUGGUCCCUGUGCCAUGCCUCCUGAAGCCUUUAUAGGACCUAGAGAUUCUGUGCUGUUUCCCACCCCUUAUCCCUGACCCCCUUUGGAAGCUAUCCUAUAAUAGUGAAAUUAUCACAGGUAUUUAUUGACCAAUAAAUUUGGGUUACAAAGAGGAGGCAGGGACAGUAGCCCUCUAUACCAGCUCUAAGGACUUUCUGCAAUGAUGGAAGUGUUCUAAAUCUGUGCUAUGCAAUAUGGUACAGGUACCACUGACUACAUAGGACUUCUGAGCUCUUGCAAUGUGAUUAGUACAACUCAUUUAUUUUAAAUAGUCACAUAUGGCUUGUGGUGGUUUAGUCGCUAAGUCAUGUCCGACUCUUGUGGCCCCAUGGACUGUAGCCUGCCAGGUUCCUCUGUCCAUGGGAUUCUCCAGGCAAGAAUACUGGAGUGGGUUGCCAUUUCCUUCUCCAGAGGAUCUCCCUGACCCAGGAACUGAACCCAGGUCUCCUGCACUGCAGAUAGAUUCUUUACUGAAUGAGCUACAAGGGAAUCAAAUCACGUUGGACUGUAUAGUUCUAUACAGAAACAGGUUGAAUUUUGAUCCUUCCUAGGACUCUCAAGAGUAGUAAAGUCCAAAUGGAAGAUGCAAAAGGAAAAGACAAUUUUCUUUUCUCAAUCAGGAGAGAGGCUGUAAGGUUAUAGUUUUAGGUAUAAAAGGAGAAAAGGCGGCUUUUUUUUUUUAUUUGUUUAAAUCUGACCAAAAUGGCCUUGAGCCAGUUACACUUGUGAUCCAUAUAGAUCACAUGUGGGAGAUGUGACAGAGGAGAAUUCUAAUGGAAAGUAGCUAAAAACUAUUACCUGCUUUCCCAAAAGAGCUGGGGCUAGAACCUCAAAACAAGACAAGUUUAAGUAUAAAUAAGCUUUUAUUUGGUUUAACUUUUUAAUGAUAGUGUCUGCCCACAAAUCAGAGCCCUCAGAGAAUCUUGGCCUUGGGGCAACAGCUCACCUGUGCAUGUGGGAAGUAUAGGAGGAGAUGCCACAAGGCUCCUGUUAUCAGCAGACCUGCUACUCUUCUCCCCAACUCUCCUGCUUCCAAAGAAGGGGGAAAAUGGAUACCUUAGGGAUUUGAAUUAGAAAUAGCCUUAAAGAACAAGGAGGCUUAUUCCUCCUAGCUACAUUCAGGCUGAGACCUUCCUUGCCUUUUCCCCCAUCCUAAAAGAUUCAGAUCCAGAGUUGGUCAGGGCCUCCUGGUUGACAGUUCCACUUGUCAUCAGG